UUUCGUUGCGUAAGGAUGAAAGCAAGAGUAAUUGACAAAUCUAAAGAAGUUGUGAAUGUUGACAGCUUUUACAACAACAAGCAGCGUACUAGAAUGUUUCGCCCAUGGCGGGAUCAGCAAUUAGGGCCCCUUCGUAUGUUUAACUACACCAGCGUGCUGAACGGAAUCAAGUAUGAGACAGUUGAUAAAUGUAUUGAACUUGCUGUAGUAUUCACUGAUGGAGAUACGUGCCAUGUCAUUUAUGUUCCAAGCGUGUCGAACAAAAGGAACAAUGAAAGUAUAGACGGUUACCAGCUUUGGGUCCAUGAGGAUCACCGUCAGAAGCGGACCGUUCCCUGCACUUUCAUCUUUAAUGUGUUUGCACAAAAGGGAAACAUAUAUCAGAUAUACAAUGGAGACCAUUGCUUGUAUUAG